UUCAGCCUAGUUUGUGACCCCAACCGCUCAAGACUGCCUUCAUGUUCGCUCCGAGGACUUCCACUAUCUCUUAGGCAUUUCUACAAGCCCUAAAACCCGAGAGAAUGCGCGACUUGUCAACGCGAGACCGCCGCAGUUGAGGCCUGCCCCAACUUCUCCGCCGCCAGUCAUGGCUGCCCCCGGCUUCCCAUGGUCCACACAGUCGAGAGAUCCGGAAAAAGAAGCCUUUCCGCCAGCGGAGGAUCAUCUUGUGUCCACAAGGGAAGACAAUGAGCACACGAACGCCAUAAAAAAGAACAGCCUGAGCGGUCAAAACAACCUGCCGAAGGAAACCAGCAAUCCACAGGGGAAGCGGCGAAACGGUUCACUAAGAGGUCCUCCACGAGUCAUACCACUUGUCACUAGUUUCACCACAGAUACUGCAUCGUACAAGGCUCCGCGCGAUGCUUCCACCCCUCUACCGGUACGGACCAUUCCUGCGUGGGUGAGAGACGCAGAAGAAGAUGACCUUGAAGACCCCCAGUUUAGUAUGCCCGAUGCGCCCAACGCUGCUCUCGUCGCCCAACAUAACCACAGCCCUGCAAACGCUCAACGUCCGCAUAUCUCGGGUAAACAACAGCACGGCAACGUGACUUCUUCCGGCCAGGUCCGCGCAGAGCGAACAUCGAGAUGGGUCUCAUUUGCGCGAGCGAGUGCCUAUCCACGGGAAACUUUCAAUGGGGAAAAGGUGGACACAGACUACUUGAACCAACAUUUUACCGACUACUCCAAGCCUUGGUUGGCAGGUCAUGACGACGAUCCCGAAGACAGCAGCAGUCGAUAUCGUGCAUUCCGCAAGAAGAGGCAGGUCUGGUACAAACGUGCACAGUUUACCAUCCUACGAAAUCCUUUCAUCCCGCUUGCCUUCCGGCUGACCAUCUUCAUUUUCGCCUUUGUGGCUCUUGGCCUGGGGACUUCGAUAUAUCAUCAGACCAGUAAGAUUAUCGGAUGCAUACACCAAAGUCCGCGUACACCGAAAUGCCGCGCACUCGUCGGUACAGGCACGGUGGAGUACUACCAAGAUCCUUCAGGCCUGAUGGCUUUGAUCGUCGACGCCAUCGCAGUGGCCUAUACUCUUUACAUCACGCACGACGAGUACUUCUCCAAGCCUUUGGGCCUUCGACGUCCUCGUGCCAAAGUGCGGCUGGUCCUGCUUGAUUUGUUCUUCGUGGUGUUCCAAUCAGCGAAUCUUGCUCUGAGUUUUGAAUCUUUGACAGUGGUUGAAGGUGCCUGCAAAGUGGGAGACAAUCCCCUUGCAACACCCAAAUUCGACGACGUGUGCAGACGUGAAAGAGUAUUGAGCGGAGUUCUGUUGAUUUCUCUGGUAGCAUGGUUGAUCACCUUCUCUAUCAGUGUUUUGAGAUUGGUAGAGAGAAUCGGCUCAUAAUGAGGAGCCGCGCAGGAUGUCAAUCGGCACUGCAAAUUCUUUUUUUCGGUGUACAGUAGCAAUGAUGAUGACCGAGACGAUUUCAUUU